AUGUUCGCCGUGCCAGGAUUCAGUGUCGGCAACCUUGUCGUCGAGGGCUCAAAGGAGCAGCUCAAGAAGCGCAAAGCAGACACCAACACCUCAACUACCACCACCACUGGCGCCAUUACAACAAGCACUACUACCACAACCACGUCUUCAACCUCCUCUUCAGCAACAGCAGUCCUCCCAAUCGCAACCUCAACCUCCAACGCCCCCUUCUCCAAAAAAUUCAAGAAGGAAUCCACUUUUGAAAAGCGCCCUCCUUCAGAACCACAGCCCGGCUGGGGUUGGAUCCCAGAACCCGUCCCCCUCAAGGAGCGCGCCACCUGGAACCAGUCCACAAAGGCCUUGCGUAAGGCCAAGGCUGAGGAGGAGAAGGUUAGGAAGGCCAAGGAGGUUGAGGAUAAGAAGCAGUUGGUUAGUUCGAUUUCGGGACCUUCGAGUGCAGUCGAGUUGCUGUUGAAGGGGUCGGUUGAUCUGACGGAUAUUGCGGCUAUGGGUGGGAAGAAGAACAAGAGAAAGGAGAACAACGAGGAUGUGGAGAUGGAGGAUGCAUCGGGAGCUGAGCCCAAGAAGAGGAACAAGCGGUUGGAGAGAAAGAUCAAGAGGGCGGCUUAUAUUGCUGCCUUGGAGGCCAACAACAAGUCUGACGACACCCUUGAGGCUACACCAACCGCUACUGUGCAGGAGACCAACAACGACAUCCAGGAGGUUUCAGGAGAGACUGAGGACGGCAAAGAGAACGACGGCGGCGAGGGUGAAUCCGCGGACGGCAAGAAGUCGAAGGCCAAGAAGACCAAGAUCCUCCAGGCACCUGCACCAAAGCACCCCGAGCUCGCCAAAUUGACCAACAAGGAGAAGAGACUUUUGAAGCAGUUGCAGAAGAAGCAGCAGGCCGAAGGAAUCGACCCUACCGCCGUCGUCGUCCCCAAGCAGCAACCAUUGAACCCAUCCAGCAAGCGGAUCAGUGGACAGAGUGCAUCGGAUCUGACGACUCUGGAUGCUUUCCAGGCUGCAACCGCUGCUGCCGAGGAGAAGAUCAUGUCGGGAUUGUUGCCCAAGAGCAAGAAGGACAAGAAGGCUGAGAAGAAGGCCGCUGCCGCUGCUGCUGCUGCUGUUGAGGAGGCCAAGUCUGUCGAGUCAGAGAAGCCCGCCAAGGGGAAGAAGGACAACAAUAAGGCUGACAACGCUGCCUCCAAGAAGCAGCAGCUGCUCGCCAAGGAGAGGGAGAAGUUGCUUGAGGCCCUCGCGCGUACAAAUAGUGCAUUGGAGGAGUUGCAGGAGUCGCUUGGAGAUGAGGGCGAGGGUGCUACACCCUUAGCCAAGAAGGACGUCAAGUCUGCAGUUCAGGACAAGAAGAAGAACAAGAAGGAAGAGGCGGCACCCACCACCACCAAGAAGGAGAAGAAGGCAGCAGCUGCAACACCCGCACCAGCACCAGCAGCACCAGCAGCAAAGCAGCCCAAGUUGACAAAGUUGCAGGAGCAGAUGAAGAAAACUCUGGCAGGAGGGAAGUUCCGGUUCCUGAACGAGCAGCUCUACACCACCACGGGAGAGGAGGCUUUCGGCCUCUUCCAGUCCAAGCCCGAGCUCUUUGAUGAAUACCAUGAGGGUUUCCGGUCGCAGGUCGAGGCAUGGCCCCAGAACCCUGUCGACAUCUUUAUCUCGCAACUCAAGCCCAUGCCCAAGGACACUGUCAUUGCUGAUCUCGGAUGUGGAGAUGCCCAGAUUGCGGCCGAGUUGCCCAAGCAUAACGUGCUCUCGUUUGAUUUGGUCGCCAAGAACGACCGGGUAACAGCCUGUGAUAUUGCACAUUUGCCUCUGGAGGAUGCCUCGGUUGAUGUGGCUAUUUUCUGUCUGUCGUUGAUGGGAACUGACUUUUUGAAGUUCUUGAAGGAGGCCUACCGCGUCCUCAAGCCCAACGGAAAGCUCAAGAUUUCAGAGGUGAUCAGUCGAUUCACGGAUGUGGACGCCUUCGUCGCAGCAUUGAAGGCGCUCGGAUUCGAACUCAAGGACUCGGACUCAUCCAACAAGAUGUUUAUCAUGUUUGACUUUGUCAAGCCCGUCCCCGGCGCUUUCAGUGCAGGAAAGAAGGCAAAGAAGGGAAGCAAGAAGUCGAAGGUCCAGGAGGAGGUUGUGGAUCCUUCGAAUGUCGAUCUUGAGGAGCUGGAUGGGCCUAGCUUAUUGAAGCCCUGUAUCUACAAGAAGAGGUAG